AUGACUCUCCGCCCCUCCCCCACCAUCACCGCUGCGGAAGCACGGUCUCAGCACGAGCAGCACUCGACCACAGACUGCGACGAAAGGACCUUGAGCUUCACGGUGCCAUCCCCGGUGCAUGGAGCAAAAAAGGGACAACAGCUCUGGCACCUGACCCUCGUGCCCCAGGCAAAAGGCAGGGCCGAGCCACAAGAGAAAGUCCUGACACCUCCACAGUUUGCAGACUGGGGGCCCCUCCCACCCCAAGGAGACGUAGGGCGGGGCAGAUCUAGGCGCCGCGACUCGCAGCCAGACCGGACAGCGGGCUUUCCCGAGCCCCGCCUCACUUGCCAAGGAGGCGGAAACCCGGGGAAGGCGGAGGACGCCCAGGGGGAGUGGCACCGCCGCUCCGUGCGGCCCCUCCGGCCAACCGGAUCCCGGGAAGGCGGAGGAAGGCGGACCUCACGCCCCCUCCCUGCCGCGCCCCGAGGCCACACGCGGGAGACCCUAGCCAGUCCCCCCACCCAGCAGGCCAGCGGGAGGCCGCCCAGCCGAGGCCCCGCCCAGCCCGGGAAGACAGGAGGGGUGGUCUGCAGCAAACAGCCCCGAGCGCAGGGCGCGGCCCCGCCCCUUUCUCUACAAUCGCACGCGCGCGCCGGCCCCGCCCCUGAGCGGCGGCGCGAGAGCCCGCCCCCUCCGCGCGCACCGGGACUACGCUCUCCUCCCCCUCCCGCACCGAGAGCCACCCCGCUCCGCCCCCCACCCCCCUCACACAUCCACACGCCUCCCGCCCGCCUGCUCUACGGGAAGCCGAGGAGGUCAGCCCCCCAAAAAUACACACCCUCGAGUCCGGCGUUACCCGCCAGCAGGCUCCCCGCCCCGACCCCGGCCCGGCGUGCUCUCACCGCAAAGCUGCUUCGGCCGCUCCUUACUGCGUGUCCCUCUCGGCGUGAGCCUCAGGCUCAGCAGGGAGGCCCCGAGAACCGCACGGGGCACAGGCCCGCCAAAGCGGGCUGGCAGCCUCCUCUCCGCUAA